AUGGAUUUUCAUGGUCAUCGUCGUUACCAUCCUUACACCCCUCCCGUAGGUGCACAUCGUGGGAGAAACCAACCGUUGCCAAAUGGACAAACUGGGGCAUGGAAUGGUCGGUAUUCAAGUGUGCACAGAGGAUUAGGAUCUCAGCGUUCACUAACCAGAGGCAUGUUCCAUCACCCACCAGAGCAUAGUUCAGUCAGUACUAAUAAAACACCCUUUUAUCCGAGAUACCCGGGGCCACAGCCAAGACUUUCAUGGUUCCAAGGUAGAUCAAUGCAUUAUGGGGUACCACGCCCACCAACCAACUAUUACUCUGAACAAAGAGAGAGAAAUUUUAGAUGGCCCUCUUAUAGAGCAGCAAGAUAUGGGCCCUACCCCAGGCUGCACCCCAAGCAUAUGGGAAUAGCCAGUUCCCACUCCACAGGUCUUGUAUGAACAUAUAGUGAUGGCAGGGCAGAAGGGCACAGAUAUCUCAAUUAUUUAUCAUUUAUUUUGUUUCGUUUUGAUUUUACCAUUCUUAUCAUUGCGAUUAAUUUUUAACUGGCUAAUUAUAGAACUCCACAUUCCUCACCUGAUUAUGUUUCUUGAGUUACAUGUAUUUGCACCUAAUUGGAUUUUGAUCAUUGCGCAAAAAGUGCAUGUAAAUAAUGUGAUAACCAGUACUUUGUUUAGAUUUUAGUCCUUGUUAUUUUUUUGUGUUGAGACUGUGCCUUUUUAGCCCUGUCAUUAUGUUGAAAUUAUUAUUGCAAGAUUGUGUUUAUUACACAGUUAUGAAGAUAGGAGGACAAAAUCUCCCACAAUUGGAGCACAGGCAGCCCAGUAUAAAGUAAUGUGUGUUGUAAAUAAAACUUGUGGAAUUCUUUCAGUGUUGCAUCCUUUGUAAUGUAUGCAUAAUGUAAUAGUGUGUUAACGUUUGUAUAAGAAACAGGCAGCAUAGUAUGUUGGGCUAGUUAAUUUUAAUUCUGGUGAUUUAAUUCAGUGUAAUUAUUGCACUGAAUACAGUUGUAAAGUGAUACAGACAGUAGUAAUUUACUAGAGUUAAUGUAGUUCAUAUAUAGAACAGAAGUCAAACCAAUGAUAAAUUAAUUUUCAUUGUCUUGACUUAUACCCUUCAAGGCGAGGUGUAGCUAUGGAAAAUCACAGGACCAUUAUAAUUUAAUGUAAUAAUCUUAAUUUAUUAAUUAAACUUAUUAUCGCCAUUAAAUUGAGAAAACAGAAGUCCUGAAGUAAAUUAUAACAGCCGCUAUUAAAAACAAAUAAAUAUUUAAAAAUUAAAUUAUAAGUAGACUGAUGGAACUGGAUUAAGUCUUGAACUUUUAUUGCUACUCAGAGUUUCAUGCUUCUUGUGAAACAAUCAUCAGGCAACUGCCCGAAGUAAGGGUUACAAUCAAAGAUAUAGAGAAAACAGAGCAAUAAAUACCAGGUGUGGUGCACGGCAUAUGGUGCAUGGCACCUCAUACCAUUAAUUAAGUGAUGCCUACAAAGGUCAUGUCAAAUUUGUGACAAAAUAUAAUAAUCAAAUUAGGGCAGUUUUUAGUAGAAAUUUCCUUGUGUGUCUACAACUUUAGAUUAGGUCAUUUCUAUUGUUCAGGGUAGACACUUCUGGUUUACAAAUUAUAAAGUAUUUCUCCCACAAGCACAAAUUACAUUUCUUGAAGACACUUGAAUACGCUUUUGCUUGUGUGGAGUUAAAAAAUUUUGACAAUCUUUAUUGUAAACAGCGAAAUUGUCCUUGUCUUCGAAACUAUGAAUUGUUCAAUUGAACUACGAAUGAAGAAUCAUUGUGGAGAGUCGGUAGGUUUUUCAUUUAGAGCCGCUUUGUAGUGUUCUCCCUAAAUUUUAGCGCAGCAGGUAAGGGACCAUUCAUGGCCAGUAAGGCAGAAGUUAUGCACCAGAGGCACACUUUCCUUGGGGAUGGGGGGUAGUGGAGUGAGGGACAUGGCCCCACCCUCGCUGGGAAAUUAAUCUAGGAACUAAGUUCUCUGAAACGUCAUUCCCUCAUUUAAGACCUAUUUUAUGCAAAUCGGCUGUUGUUAUCUAAAGACAACAAUUUAAAACGUUUGACUCCAAUAAUUUUACUCUGUCUUCAAUGUUUUCUUUCCUAAAUGCAUGGCCCAUAAAAAGAAAGGCUGUGUAUACUUUAGUACUUUUUCAUAUAUCUUUUUCCAUUUUCCUUGUGAGAAUUGGAUCAGAUCACAACCCCCUUUUUUUUUGAAAAUCUACUUUUUAAGUCUCGCUUGCAUAAGCAGUGAGACUCAUAAUCUGCAACGCUUGAACUUAUACCACUGAUGACAUUCUAUAUCUUGUAACCAUAACAACACACCAAAUUUCAAGUGAUGGUGUCUGUUGUUUUAAACGCUGUUAUUUAAAUUGUAAAAUGACAUUUAAAAUUUGAACAAUAACAAUGUAAUGAAGCAAAUAACAAGGAAAAAAACCUAAAUAUUAGUAAAUAAUAUUUUAGUAGGUUUGAAUGUUCAGAUUUUAUUGUCAUGAAAAUACAAUUGCACUUUAGGGGAAUAUCUGGGAGUUAAAAUAAAUAAUUAACAACUGUAAAAGUUGUUUUUUUUUGUGCAUAAUCAUUUGGGAUGUCACAAAGGGCUGAAUCUGGGGAUAUAUUUUCCGCUGGCUACGGUCAGGGUGACCCUGGCCUCUUACAUAGGAAAGAAAACAAAAAGAGAACUAAAAGAACUUACCAGCUUUUCAUUUGGUGGUCUACUAAUUGCAUAUACCCAGCUGUUUGAAAUCUUAGUAAUAGCUCUGAAUUAUUGCAGCUCUUCUGCAUUUCCGUAGACUGUGUACAUUAACAAUAAUAAUUAUUAGAGAACCCCUCAGUCUGAGCUUAAAAUGAUAAGCAGAUGAACUUCCUUUUCAGUAUUGAAAUCUAAAAUGGCUAAUGAAUAUCCAGUCACCUUUAAAUAAGAAAAAGAUAAGAAUUAAGAUUCAAAACAUCCAGUUAUAAUGUAUCUUGCUGCUUUAUAACAAAAUAAUAUUAUUAUUAUGGCUAACUGCGCAUGUAACUCUGGCUAGCAUAGUUGGUGUAAAGUAACUAAAGUGCAUGUAAUGGAUAUUAAGGAAAUACUUGUUUUAUUUUCAUCUUUAAAAGUUGUUUUUUAUCCUUGGAACUUUGUUUGCCUGAAAAAUUAUUUAUUAAUAUCUUGUAGGUCAGACAAACGAACAAAGAAAUACUACUUCAGAAAGUCCACACAAGAUAAAGCCAGGAAUGCGUUUGAUCUCUUCAUGCUCUCAACAAACAAAUGUUAGUACAGCACAGGAGCAGAAAAACUUGAACUCUUCUGUAACUGGUGAGGCAGUAUCUUUGGAUAAAAAACGUGCUACUUCAGAUGGCAAAACCCCCUCUGUUGCUAAGGUUGUACCAUUCAGUCAUCAGCCUUCUGUAAGUGCCGUCAAAUGUUCAGCAAGUACUUGUUGUUCUUCAGUAACAUCCACUGUUUCUGCUGCUACAAAUACUCAGAUCCAGCAGACAGUUGCACAUGAACAGAAUAGUAUGCUGCCGACUUCUGUUGACAUUUCGGAGUCUCAAUGCCCUGCUCCAGAUGGUGGUAUGAUGACCGUCUUUGCACAUUUUGAAGAUGGUCAGGUGCGUCCUAUUAUGAGAACAAUUUGUAGCUGCCAGCUACGUAAACGAGCUUUAAAGUAUGCUGAUAAAGGAAAAACUAAAACUGACUCCAUUGUUCUUGAUUCUGAUGAGGAAGAUGAGAAGAAUAGUGUGGCUGCUGGUUCUGUUGGUGAUCAAGGUAUUUGUAACACAGUAUUUACAGCUGUCUUAGUUGGGGCCUGGUCACUACGAUAGAUUUUGUGCUAGGCCAGGUUUUUUAACAAGGAAGACUGUUACAUUUCUCUGCACCAGCAAAAUAAUAGGAUCUCUUGGCAACCUGUAGGUUGACUUUUUGAAAAUGAACAUCAUUACAGAGGCUUGUUCGAAACUGUAUGUGCAGAGGCAUUUAAGUUAAAAAAAUUAUUUAAUAAUGUGGUACAGAACCAUUAAGGCAUUUUCUAGUUAGCAAGACAAUGUGAAGCCGUUUUGGCCUAUUAACCAUGUGCACUGCACCAAAAGUAGCAUUCAGCCCUGUCGUAUUAACUUUGCAGUUCUAUGCUGUAAACUCUGGAGGGCAUCAGAGUUAACUUUUCAACACCCCUGCAGGGUCACAUCACAGUAGGCAAAAAAGGGGUAAAAUCAUCGUCUUGUAGAGGAGUACAGCUGCAGCCAUGGGAUUAGAAAUUUGCCUAAAAACACCCAAUUUCCUUGAUUUACAGCAAGAGUUCUCAUGUAAGCUGAAUAUUUACUGUUUUAUUGGUAGAAGCAGGGAAACCUCUGUCAAGUUCAACUUCUGCUGGUGAUAAAUUAAGUGGCGGAGGGGAAGGCGUAAGUGAUAGACCAAAGAGAUUCUCUUUUAGUUACAUAAUGGACGUUGUGAAUGUACAUGUACAUACAGUAAGAGGGCCCCAUAGAUGUAGGUACUAUUCUAGGUACUGGUUAAAUACCUUGUUUUGGAAAUUUACAGGGCAUUAAGGAGAAUACUAGAUUUUAGGAAAUUGUAAUGUAAAUGGUUAACAUGCUCUAAAUCUGUAUUUUUCAUUCAAAAUGAUAACAACCUUUAUUCCUUAUCUUUUAUAGUUUGCUAAUUGGUGAAUGAUAUUUUAAAUUAAUUUUAAUAUGUACUGCCUAGAAAGUUUUCAAAAUUUUUAAUUCUUAAAAGUAACUGACUGGGAGUUAUUUGUAAGUGACAUGAUCUGCAGCUUUUUAGUGGCUUCUUGAUUUGUUUAUUCCUUUUAGUCAGUACUUUGAUUCAGCUCACUAAAUUCUUUCCUUCUAAUGGAGAAAUUUGGACUCUAAAAGAUUUCUUUUAAGGUGAAACCUUGCCCAAUUAGUUUUUCUACCCUCCAUUGUUGCUGCAGGUUUACUGAUAAAUGAACAACUGUACGUUCUUUUUAUGUCUUGAAAUGUUUUCUUUUUGUAUUACAGAAUAUUCAAGACACACCCAGGAAAAGUAUGAAUACAAUUUUUGAAAUUUUGGUUUUGAUUUCAUCGAGUACUUUUUACUUUUAUUUACUUUAAUUCUUCAUGGACAGCUACAUUCCCUCUUGGAUGCUGGCUGACUUGUUUAUUAAUUUUUUUACUAUGCUUUACUUAAUUUUUGUUAGGAGCAAAAAUGAGCAUAGAAAACCCAGAAAAGAGGUGAGAAUUAAAAGACAAGGUACUUAAGGUUAGCAGUAUGAAUUUGGCAUCACCUUUUAUUUUAUUUAUUAUUAUUUUGCCACAUUGCAAUUAAAUACUUGAACAAUUUAAUUCAGGUGGACGAGUUAAGGGAGCCCAUGGAAGUCAGUAAGGCUUAUGAAAAGGACCACCUUGAAAAUAUAUGACUAAAUUAUGAAAUACAAUACUGGCAUUGGCAAGACAAUUUAACUAAAGGCAUCAAUUUCUUUUUAACAUAGAAAAUAAUCAUUUAGUAGGAUACAGAAUAGAUAAGAAUUAAAGCGCAAAUGCAAAAAUGAAAAAGAAAAAGUGGAAAAAAAGAAUCCAAAGUGCAGAAAAAAAAAGUGAACAAAGUAAAGAAGUACACAUGAGCAUUAAGAGAAGUAAAGACAGUAUACGUAUACCAGGAAAUAGGACUUUAGUUUAGAAGUGAACACAGCAAUACUAGAGGCAUUCUGAAUUUCACAGCUAAGGAAAUUAAAUUUAUUAUCAGAUACAAAUAAGUUGUAUCUUAAUCAAAAUCCUUUGUGAUUAAUUUGUGGAGAAUGGUAACUCAUUAAAAGGAAAUACUGAAUGAAUUAUUAGUAUAGUACAGUAGUAUAGUAUAGUUUAUCUUUAUUGUGCCUUUCCCCCUCCAAAGGGAGGUGGUGGUCCUAGUUACAAUGAAGGUUUUAUAUUCACUACUACAACAAAUUAUCUUAAAAUAUGUGAACAGAAACAACAAAAUUAUACUAUAUACACUAUUACAAUGAUAAUUAUACUAUUAGUUAAUUAAUUAAUUUUUUGUGGUUUAAGAUCUGUAUUCUUUUUAUUUUGAAACAUUAGAUGGGCAUAUUUGGCUAUAACUUGAGAAAUAUUGUCAUUAUCUAAUCUUAGUUAUAUCGUGAUCUGUUCAUCAAAAUAAAGUUUCUAAGAUUAUCGUAUUCUAUACAAUGCAUUAAGAAGUGUUUUUCGUCUUCUGUACGGUGUCUUUGAUCCAUCAAACAAAUUAUGAUAAUUCUGAAUUUUUGUUGUUCAAAUGGGAAUCCAAAUAAUGAUUAUAGAUUAAUAAUAGUAACAAUAACAAUAAUAAUACAAGUAAUAAUAAUAAUUCUAGAUUUUUGGGAAACUGUAAAAUACUAAAUCACUGUUAGGCUCUUGUGCUGGAUUACUAUUUAAAUUUUGUAGUGGUUUUAUAAAUAGUUUUUUUAAUCUGUUUAUGAAAGAUCCUCUCCUGAUGAGAGCAGCUCUCAAACUAUGAUAGAAAUGGAUGUUUCAAGUAGUGUUAUAUGCUCUGAGUCAGUGGCAGACUCAGUAGCAAGGAUUGUGGAUGGCUUGCGACACAGUGUUGGCGAGGGAAACAGUAGUUGUGCCUCUUCAGAUUCCCUGUCUUCAUUAUCAUUUGCAAGUAUUACAGGUAUGGUAAUAUGUGGGGAAAAAUAAUUUUAGUCAGAGGCUGAAAAACAAAAAAUUUGCUUUUGCUGAUGACAACAGCAAUAAACACCAAUUUUAAUUGAUUAAAGCAGGAAAAAUUGAAAGAUUUCCUCUGUCCACAUUAAGUAAAAAAACUUAUUGAGGCGGGAGAGGAAUAAGAAAGGAAAUUAGAAGAAGUUGAGAAUUACAUUACAGUAACAAACUGCAGAUGUAAAGCUCUGAAAAUGCUGUAUUAUUGUUCUUGUCUGGUUGAGUACAGUCCAAGCUCUGUUAAGUGGACACCCUCAGGAGAGUUCAAAUGAGGCUUUGAAGUCAAGGUGGCGAUUAGUAAGGCAGUCAGUGUUUGUCUGUAGUAAUAGAGUUUAAAUUGCUAUAUUGCCAUUUUUGAGUUAUUUUUCAUUUGUGGUAUAAAUGGCCAGGCUAAUAAUUUAAAUUUUUUUAAUUUACAGAGGAUGCCCCACUCCUCGCUAAUCCCCAGAUUCUGCGACGAAUUUUGGAUGAAUGUAAUGGGAUAGAUAAGUAUGUGUUGGUCACUCUGCAUUACAAGUCUGUGACCUUUGAUUUUUACAAAUUAAGUGACCAUCUGGUGUUGAUGUUGGUUAAAAAAGUGCUUUUUCCAUAAACAAUACACAUUACAAAAUUUGCUCUUAAAGCAUAAAGUGUUCAUCUAGAGAACCUAUUCGUAUGGCUUGCAGUUAUUUUACAAAGGAAUCUUUGAUAAUGGAACAAUACAAUAAGUAAAGUUAGAAUGCAAAUAGUCGUACAGCACCAACAAUACAAAAAAAAAACAAAAAAAAAAACCUCAACAUACUGAAAUACACUAACGUUAAGUUGAAAAUCCGUAUAUGAGAUUCCAUUCAAAAUCCAAGUCGUUUUUUUUCUUAUCACAAGCACAGUAUCAUUUUACCUAAUAGUGUGCAGGGCAGGAAAACUUGAAAAGGACAGCAAAUAAAGUUUCUUUAAAACGUGUUUAGAGGGCUUUCUGAGACGCUGCUGAAAUAGUCAUCAUGGCUUUAAAUACAUGUAUGUCAGUCAAAGGCUUUAUAUAGUAAAAAAGGACUGUCGUGCAUGGAUUUAGGUACAGAAGUGGUACAUAUUAGUGUUUUUUGUUUUAUUUUCAUUUGACAUUAUAGUGCGAUAUUCGCUUUUUCUUCCAGACCAUUUAAGAAGUUGAAAGUCUCACCGAUGAAUUUGUACACAGCUGCUAAAGACUGCAAUGUUCACAAAGUUCUUGCUUUGUUAGGUUUGUUUUCUCUCGUUUGUUAUGUUACUCUGAUUUUUCCAAUGUAAUUAAAGGUGAACAAAAAGGUAGAUCGUAAGUUCAAUAAGCCUAUAUACCUCUCUAUCUCGCUAUCUCUCGCUAUAUCGUUACCCUCAAAAUCAUUAUUCGGGGUGUACGUCUGGAAAUUAUCUGCCAAGAAAAUUAUCAGGUUCAACUAAUCUACGUUUAAAUUUGAGUAUUUUUCUUACAGUUGACAGUUGUUAAAGGCACCUGAACUCUCUAUGUGAUUCAGUUUUUUUUGUAUAUUUCUACCUUUGGGUUUAUGGAGAUUUCUUUGUUUGCAAGUAUCAUUUUGUUCUCAAAAGACAAGGAGGUAUUUCUUGCGCUCUCGGUUAGUGAGCAACAGGAAGUUAUCUUCACCGUUGGCAAUAAAAGUCUUUCGAAUGAACUGUUGAAAGUAUCACGACACCCACACUCUCUUCCAAUUUUAUCGCUCAUUUUGUUUUUUCUCGUGCAAGUCAAUUCUGGUUAUUAAUCAGCAGUUUAUUUUCCCCAAGCCCUAUGAAUAUUCUUGUAUUGUUUUUCUCUGUAGUUGGAGGAUGUGAUCCAAACCAACAAGUUGUUAAAGCCAAAGGAAAGACGGCCAUGCAUGCGGCAGCUGGUGGUGGAUAUGUUGAUAUCAUGGCUUGUCUGAGACUGGUAAAUAUCUGAUAAACUAAAUAACAAACGGCAGAGUUUUUAAAAGGCUCUUAAACUCUCCCCUGCUCUCUGCAUUUUGAUCAUUUUGUAAUUUAGCCCUUUGUUUUCCCGUUUUGGUAACUGAUAUUAAUUUACUGAUUUGAUGACAAUACAUAUGUGAUUGAGGUCUUUGCUUCAAGAACCCUGCCGUAAAAACUUGACUACGAAAAAUUGUACUGGAAAAGCCUCCGAGAGGUCUUUCCCUAUUGCCAAAAAUCGUAUUAAACAGGAUUUGAGGACGGAGGUGUUUUGAAGAUUGUUUGGAUCCAAAGCGUGAUUGCACAUAGAAUGCCUCGAGAACAUUUUCAGUGGUCUUUUAAGUUUCAGUGUAAAACUGUUAAGAUUUGUUUUUGUGAGGGAGUAACUUCUUGUAGAGAAAUUGAUGGACGUUUUGCUGGUACAUGUAUAUUAAAGUGGUUAUUCGUUUUUAAGCCGGUAGGCUUCUGCUCGCCUGCUUGAAAAUCUCACCCGGCUCUGAUAAUGCCUGAUUAAAAAAGUAUUCUUUUCAUUAGAAAAAGCGUAAACGCAAACUUAAAAUAAUCAUAUUGCAACUUUAAUUUAAUUGUCCCAAGAUCUGAAUUUUAAAAACAAGUAAAAGGUUAUGACAAUAAAAUGAAACGACCUUUUGGUGUAUUCGAGACGUUAUUUUCAAGUUCAAAGAGUCCGGUCGAAAUUCUCAGACUCUUUGAACCUAAAAAGUGUCUCGAUGACACGAAACAUCGUUCGAGUUUAUUGUUACUUUGUACUUUUUUUGUUUUAAGUAGCCUUCGCUGAUCAAGAUUUGACUGAAUAUGACGGAUUUCAUAUCAAAGUCGGUUCAGUUUUGAUACGUAGUGGACUGGUUCUCUACCGAGUCUGUUCAUGAUCUGUAUUUGACUUAGAACCAUUUUGACUGCAGAAGUUCUAAGGCUUUAUCAUGCAGGUAUUGAAUUUCGACGAAAUAAUUUUCUACUUUUAGGCAGGAUGUGAUUUGAACCUUGUUGAUUACGAAAACAGAACACCUUUUGUAAGUAUCUGCUUGGAGAGAACAUAGAAAUCUAUGUGUCUUUUCCGUCCGUCAUAUUUGCAAGUUGCAUUUUGAAGGGUGCAAACUGCUAGUAAGACUAUAGCUAGGACUGCAUCUCCCGGUGCCCUCUUUGUUGUCCAAUGUCGGCUUGGCCUUGCCUAGUCCCUGCACGGCGUCUCCCCAGGCCUUCUCGGUCAGGGCAUGUCGGUGACGUAUCGGAGACGAAAAUCUCGCUCGGACCACUUGACCCGAAACGCAAGGCCCAGCGGAAUGUUGAGGCCUAGGGACUAGGCAAGGCUUGACCUGAAACGUCCCAAGGGAAAACCUCCAAAAGUUGCAUGGCUGAUAAAUCUUAUUCUGUGCGGGUCUUUGCUAUGUAAAUCUUGUGUCUUGUGCCCUAUGAGUGAAAGAGUUAGGUAACCCUUUGAUCACGUGAUCAACUUUCUGUAAACAUACAUUUCCCUAUAGUUAAGGGAGUAGACCAAUUUCGAUAAAUUUAAAUUCAUAGUUGGCUCCGAGGCUUGCGGAAAUAAAACAAAAGAAAUGUAUUAUUCAUUGCUAAGCCGUGAGAUGAUUUCUUGUGUUUUAUUUCCCCAAGCCUCGCAGCCAAGUAUGAAUUUUAAUAUAUCGAUAACCUGUCUGUUAAAUUUUACUUUUCGUCAUUAUUUUUAUAACCUGUUUUUGAAGUGUAGUUAAUCUUUUGAGAGAUUGUGGGUCGCUUUUGGUUUAUUUGUGGGAGCUACGCUAUUGGUAGAAGUAUGCUGACUCUGGAGUGAUAACUUAUUUGGUUCUUUUUAUUCAGUUUGAUGCAGUUAGUAAUCACAAGGUGCAAGCGGUAGAAUAUCUCAUUGAAUGCGGUGCAAACGUCAGAGUCAGGGUAUGAAUAAUAUGUUAUCAUUUUUUCACCAUACGUAGUGUCCAGAAAAUGUUUCAACACUGCGGCGCUGAUUUCUCAAUUCUUGAUUUAUUUGCCACUUAAGAAACGAGUAGGAGACUGGGCUAAGUCAGCUUUCGCAAAGACGUCUGGGAUUGUUAUUAGGGACGUACCGCCUGGUCAGCUCUUGGCCCGUUUUUCCCCGUCCCUAGUAGCGGUCCUAGAAAAUCGUUGCGAAAGCAAACUCGCCGCAGCUUCCUGAAAAGCAAAUUGGAAAAUCAAGUUUCUAUCAUUUGUUGACCGAACCAUUUUCUCGUUGAGAUAACAUUCGUAAAGUUAGUAAUCAAAGCGCUUUGAAAAUUGUCUCAAUUUCCAGGACUCCAAGGGUAUGACAUGUUUCCAUUUAGCUGUUCGUCAAGGACAUACAGAUUUAAUCAAACUCUUGUUGAAGACAGGGCAGUUUGAUAUCAAUGAAAAGGUAAACGCUUUUUGCGAGCUUUUAAUCAUUUUCACUACGUUCAUUUCGUAAAGAUUAUAUCAAUGUCGUAUAGCCCUUCUUGGGAAGGGCUGUACGACAGUAGAUGUAGACAUAAAUGUGGAAAUCGCUUAUUCGCUCCGGAACUACUCCAAAUGAACUUUAUUUCAAAAUACACUGUGCCAACCACACCGGAUUCAUUUUGAUGAAAACUAUUUGCUAAGUCUCUGAAGUUGUCAACAGACCUUUCCCGCAUUUCGCUCCAGUUUGCACCCAAAAUGAAGUGAGAUUGAGGUUCAGGUGGACAUUUCAAUACAAAUCACUGUAUUUUGGCACCCCAAUCCUCGAGUCGGUGCCGGGAUAGGUCUGUAUGUAAGCAGGCAAUACAUAAUAUAUACUGUUACGCGCCGAUGAAAUAGACUUUGCAAUGUCGGUCCCCACCUAGAAGAAUGUUUAGCAGGUAACAGUUUCUUUAUCGAAUGUCAUGUGAUCUCGUGGUAGCCAAUGAGAGAGAGAAAGACUAUGAUGUAUUGUAUAUAUUACAGGAUGAUGGUGGAUGGACUCCGAUCAUGUGGGCAGCGGAGGAUAAACAAUAUGAAGCAACCCAGCUGUUAAUGGAGUGUGGAGCUAAUGUUCACUCACGUGACCUGGUACUGUUACACUGUAGCCAAACAGCUUCCCCUCAGCUCAGCAAAGGGAACUUUACAAACCAUAAGUACAACUACGUUUGCCUUGUAUGGCGGGUGCUCGGAAAAAAAUAGGGAGGAGAAAAAAUUGGGGGCAUGGUUAAUGCCAUGCAGGGUAGGGGCGUGGUCCAUUGGUCCACACAGGUUUAACUGCUUUGUUUCGUUGUUUAUUAUUGUUAUAUCGUAAAUAUAAAUUAGUAGAAUAAAUAAUUACAAAUAGAAUAGUGUGUAAUUUGGCAAGGGCACUCUACGUAACUAGGUUAUUUCCUUGAAAUUCGGGUGGUUUUUCUUUUGUUUUGAUUUUCUAGAAUAACAUUCAAGUCAGGUCAAGCAUACGUCUAUAUAGAAUCUAGUGAUAGAUUGCCUUCUUGACAACUGAAUCCACUAGUUGCUGCUGAUAUACGAUUUAUUUCUGCAUUCCAGCAUGCGUAACGCACGGAGGUCAUUAAACAAAAUUUGCUUGGUCGUUUUUCUUGUUCGUAGGAUUUUUCCAUUGAAAAGUCGUAAAGAUGUUUUAAUCUGACCAAAUACUAAGAAGUUGAAGUCUAAAAUUUAUUGCGUGCGGGAAUACAGUUAUGAAUUUGACGUUAGUAGCAUCGACGUGUAACGGAUUCUAUGCGGGUACGGUCUUGGCGGUUGAAUGUUACAUGGUUUAUGGGCACUUAAGCUCAGUAAGCGGCCAAAAGCGUACGAUGGUAUCUAGGUGUAGUUAAAACCCGCGUGUAAGAACCUGGUUUUUAAGAACCUGUUAGGGUAGAAAUUUGUCUGUUAGGCUCCCGCUAUACAAGAAUCUAUUUAGCCUAAAAUCUCAAACAGGUUCUUAUUUAUAAAAGAAAUUCUGUACGCUUGGGGCGAAAUAAUAAGGAGAAGCCAACAUUCAGGAUCCUCUUUGGAGACAUAUGUGCCUUUUCACUUCAACUGCAAGGUUUACAAAUUUUGUAUAUUAAGGAGUAAGCUGAACACCGCUAAGUACUCUUAGCUAAGAUGUAGUGUUUUUUUCUUUAUCAUAAAAUAAUAACCUAUUAAAGAACCUAAAUAGCUUAAAAUUGGGCUAAUUACCAUUUAUGUACGGACCUGUUAAGGCUAACUUGGCAAAAUACAGGUUCUCAAUCGUGGGUUUUUACUACAUAUGACUUUGAAUGUCGGAAUGAUUUGACUAUUUGUAAUUUUGUAUUAUUCAGGAGCUUAAUGUUCCCCUUCACUGGGCAGCUUUUUCUGGAAGUGCCGAGGUGUGCAAACUGUUGCUUUCGAAUCAUGUGAAUAUAAACACUGUGAACGAACAUCUUGAGACUUCACUGUAAGUACUUAAAAAUUAAUACUCCCCACCCCACCUUACCGCCUAUUUUACUGUCAAUAAACACCGUUAGACAACACUGUAAGUGUUUAAGAUUAAUACUCCCGCCCCACCCUACCCCCUUCCAGCCUGUCAAUACCAGUGUUGUUUGUAACUGCUUCCCACUCCACUCCCUGACUAUCAAAAAUCUCCCUAUCCCACCACCUUGCAGUCAAAACCCCACCUCAUUUAUGAAGACUUAAUAUACCGUUUUGUAUUCGAGUUGGAGGAUACCUAUAGGGUUGAGUCGUCCCUAAUCGUAUAUCCUUGCUUUUAUACGGUGUCGAAGCGAAGACUUGUUCUUGGAUUUUGGGACAAAUAUUGUGGCUUAUCCUAUUUGUAAAACGGACUUCCCAGCUUAUACUGUUGCACGUUAAGGAUUAGGGCGAGGGAUCAAGAACCUUUUUUAUUAGGUUUCAAACAUAUUGAUAGAUAAAUAACAAAUGAAUAAAAUUUAAUGACGAUUGCGUGCAUGCAGUCGAAGGCAAUUCCGAAGAAGCGGAUUCGAACCUAGCCUAAACUUAACUCUGGUUACGUCCGUCUUUAAAACAGCGCCGAUGUCCUUGUUCUGGGCCCGCAGCUGUCUACCAGGAUUACGCCAUGAUUUUCCUGUUGAAGAAGUUAUUGUCGUUUUGCCAAUCAAGAUGAAAGGAAAUUCGAAACGCACUUCCGGUAAUUCGUUGAGUCCGUUGGGGCACAGAACAAGAAAAUCGGCGCUUCUUCGCAGACGUUACUAACCGCGUUUAAAUUACGCCUGGAAUGCAGGCCAGUUCGAACCUUGUCUGUGGCACAUUUUGUUCCUGGGUUUUGAAGUUGUCUCCACUCUUGAUUUUGACCUUUUAUUGGUUUCAUUUUCAGCCAUAUCGCUGCAAGAGACAACCACUAUCAGUGUGUCCAGUAAGUAACAUCAUGUUGCUGUUUCACGCUAUUUUUUGUUUUUGCUUAACCAAAAAGAGCCAAAUAUUAUAUUAAAAGCUGGCUAUCGGGUUAUUGAAGUUUCCGCAGGAUUCGUACGCGUCUUGAAAACCCUUGGAAACCUAUGAAUUUUUGAGUACUAGGCCUAGAAAAUUCUUGAAAUUCUCCUUCAUUCAUUUUGGUCCUUGAAACUCCUUGAAUUUUAAUCGAGGAACAUUUUCAAACCUCCAAAAAAUUUUGGUAAAUACCAGUUUUGAAACCAGCAUUGAGAAAGCCCAUUAUUAUCGGAAUAUAUUCAUAGUUUAUUUCGAACGUGUGUUAAAAGUAAUAAAAUUAGGUCCCUUAAAGUCUAAAAAUGCGGUCCUUGAAAGUUCUUGAAUAGUCCUUAAAUUUUACGUGAGAAGAAGUGUACGAACCCUGUUUCCGCGAUCGCAAUCAUUAGAGGCCAUUUCGAGUUUGUGACUGGGUCGGUGCUGUGAAUUGCAUUAUGGGAUUGUUUUGGGGACGCUAUUACAAAGUUGCAUAAGAAACGGGUCAAAAUGCGUCCAUCAAAACAGUCCCACAGUUCCAACCAGGUCAAAAGUCUGAGGCGUUUUUUGUUUUAUUUGAUGAAAUUUCAAUAACCGUUUUGUGGCAAUAUGGGCCACGAUUUUUAAAAUAAUUAGUUUAGGUUUUAGAAAAGGUCUUUUAGCGCACUUUCAAAAAGCUUUGUAAAUUUAAGGCUUUUAAAAUUUUAAGAGUGAAAUUAUCAGCCUUUGAAGUUUUGGAGUACAUUGCUUAGCUUUUUCAAAUUUCUUUCGUCUGACCGCCGUAAAUCCAACAGUGCAAUUCGACACAACUCUGACCCAGUCUUACGCUCCACCUCCUGGAAAUGGCCGACAUCGGCCAAUAUAGAAAUAACUCUUCCAACAAAGGUAACGAUAACAGCAAUCGUUGCGGCAUUGAUCUUUACGAAACACUUCUGAUCAGUUAUUUUAAGCCUUCUUUCCAUGAAAUCUGGCGCUGUGAUCGGCUGUAGAUUACUGGAAUUUUUCAGCGGCAAAUUGAAUUUUGCAUUUCAAGCUUAGUUAUUCCUUAUUUGCACCUUUUGAUAAAAUAGUUAAUCGGACUGGACAAUGACGUACAAUUCGAUUCAUCCCUGAAUUGCUUAAAUUCAAUUUGAAGUGCAUCUUAUUGGGUAAUACUGUAAUGAGAUACAAGUGGCUAAUAUUUGCAUUUUUUUCAAGAUUUGAAGAUGUUAGUUUAUUGAGAAUAGAAACUCCUAUUGUUUGGUUAAAUGUUUACAGGUUGUUUCUAAGUCGAGGUGCAGAUAUUCAUAUCAGGAACAAAGACAGCAACACGCCUGCUAUGGUACUGAAAGUAUUUCCUGUAUCGUAGUUAUGUAGCUUUGUGGCAAGAUGUACUCAGUUUUAAUUUCCAUUGCUCUAAUUUCUAGUUUCCAAUUUAUGUUUGUCAAAUAGGUUAUUAAGUAAUCGUACGCCAUAGAACUAUAGCGCUCUGUGGGAACUCAUGUGCACAAGCAAACCUGAUUUUCCUUAUGGAACUAAUGAAAUCAAGUGCUCUGAUUGGCUAAAAUCUGUUUUUUUUUCCCAAUUUCAGCACGAAAAUGGUUUUUUAAAGUCCGAAUCCUUUGUAUUUUUCACGACUAUGACGUCAAAUCUAUUGUUUCUACGAAAACCAAGAGAUUUAUAAAUGGUAUCUAAGCCUGUUCUCAGACGUUUAAAAAAUAAGACUUCACUCGUACACGUACGGUUGCUUUCUGGUAUCGGGAGCGAAAGUAUUGCAAUUUUUGAGCAUAAAAACGUCCAUACCAUGCAUUUUUUAUUCGUGUUUAAACUUUUAUUUGAAAAAUGGGGAGGGGAAAUUUUUGGCGAUCACAAUUUGCCCUCUGGCGACCAAAAAUUUAUACUUCAUCGCCAGUUGGCGCCCGUAUUAAAAAGUUAAUUUCGGACCCUGUUAAGGAUUAGGGCAAGGGAUCAAGGACCUCUUUUAUUAGGUUCAAACAUAUUGAUAGAUAAACAACAAAUGAAUAAAAUUCAAUGGGGAUUGCGUGCAUGCAGUCGGAGGCAGUUCUGAAGUAGCGGAUUCGAACCUAGCUUAAACUUAACUCUGGUUACGUCCGUCUUUAAAACAGCGCCGAUGUCCUUGUUCUGGGUCUGCACCUGUGUACCAGGAUAACGCCAUGAUUUGCCUGUUGAAGAAGUCAUUGUCGAUGUGCCAAUCAGGAUGAAAGAAAAUUCGAAACGCACUUCCUGUAAUUCGUUGGAUCCGUUGGGGCCCCAGAACAAGAAUAUCGGCGCUUCUUCGCAGACGUUACUAACCGAGGUCAAAUUACGUCUGGGAUGUAGGCCAGUUCGAGCCCUGUCUGUGGCAAAUUUUGUUCCCGGGUUUUGAAGUUGUCCCCACUCUUGAUUUUGACCUUUUAUUGGUUUCGUUUUCAGCCAUAUCGCUGCAAGAGACAACCACUAUCAGUGUGUCCAGUAAGUAACAUCGUGCGUUUGUUUCACGCUAUUUUUUGGUUUUGCUUAACCAAAGAGAGCCAAAUAUUAUAUUAUAAAUAUUAUAUUAUAUAGCUGGCUAUUGGGUUAUCGAAGUUUCCGCAGGGUUCGUAGGCGGCUUGAAAACCCUCGGAAACCUAUGAAUUUUUGAGUACUAGGCCUAGAAAAUUCUUGAAAUUCUCCUUCAUUCAUUUUGAUCCUUGAAAGUCCUUGAAUUUUAAUUGAGGAACAUUUUCAAACCUCCAAAAAACUUUGCUAAAUACUAGUUUUGAAGCUACCAGGAUAUUAAUCAGCAUUGAGACUUACAAAUGAAUUUUCAUACUGAGAAAUGGUUGCCCUUAAGAACAAAAGCCCAUUAUUAUAGGAAUAUAUUCGUAGUUUAUUUGGAACGUGUGUUAAAAGUAAUAAAAUUAGGUCCUUUAACCCUUUCACUGCCAGAGUGUUUGAUAGAGUUUUACAAGGUGACUCAUCUUUUGAGUAUGUGGACGAAAUCCUAUGAUGUGAACAUUCAAAUGAAAGCUCUCUGCCUGAACUCACGCAUGGUGCUAUUUGUUUUCCAAAAUUUUACAAAAUGAAAUUUGGAAAUCUGGUCGAAAUUUGCCUUUGGCUAGAUUUGGCAGUGAAAGGGUUAAAGUCUAAAAACGCGGUCCUUGAAAGUUCUUAAAUAGUCCUUGAAAUUUACGUGGGAAGAAGUGUACGAACCCUUUUUCCGCGAUCGGAAUGAUUAGAGGCCAUUUCGAGUUUGUGAUUGGGUCGGUGGUGUGAAUUACAUCAUGGGAUUGUUUUGGGGACGCUAUUACAAAGUUGCAUGAGAAACAGGUCAAAAUGCGUCCAUCAAAACAGUCCCACAGUUCCAACGAGAUCAAAAGUCUGAGGCGUUUCUUUUUUUAUUUGAUGAAAUUUCAAUAACCGUUUUGUAUAUGCAAUAUGGGCCACGAAUUUUAAAAUAAUUAGUUUAGGUUUUAGAAAAGUUCUUUUAGCACACUUUCAAAAAGCUUUGUAAAUUGACAGCUUUUAAAAUUUGAAAAGUGAAAUUAUCAGCCUUUGAAGCUUUGAAAUACAUUGCUUAGCUUUUUCAAAUUUCUUUCGUGUGACCGCAGUGAAUCCAACAGUGCAAUUCGACACAACUCUGACCCAGUCUUACGCUCCACCUCCUGGAAAUGGCCGAUAUCGGCCAAUAUAGAAAUAACUCUUGCAACAAAGGUAACGACAACAGCAGUCGUUGCGGCAUUGAUCUUUACGAAACACUUCUGAUCACUUAUUUUAAGCCUUCUUUCCAUGAAAUCUGGCGCUGUGAUCGGCUGUAGAUUACUGGAAUUUUUCAGCGGUAAAUUGAAUUUUGCAUUUCAAGCUUAGUUAUUCCUUAUUUGCACCUUCUGAUAAAAUAGUUAAUCAGACUGGACAAUGACGUACAAUUCGAUUCAUCCAUGAAUUGCUUAAAUUCAAUUUGAAGUGCAUCUUAUUGGGUAAUACUGUAAUGAGAUACAGGUGGCUAAUAUUUGCAUUUUUUUCAAGAUUUGAAGAUAUUAGUUUAUUGAGACUAGAAACUCCUAUUGUUUGGUUAAAUGUUUACAGGUUGUUUCUAAGUCGAGGUGCAGAUAUUCAUAUCAGGAACAAAGACGGCAACACGCCUGCUAUGGUACUGAAAGUAUUUCCUGUAUCGCAGUUAUGUAGCUUUGUGGCAAGAUGUACUCAGUUUUAAUUUCCAUUGCUCUAAUUUCUAGUUCCAAUUUAUGUUUGUCAAAUAGGUUAUUAAGUAAUCGUACGCCAUAGAACGAUAGCGCUCUGUGGCAACUCAUGUGCACAAGCAAACCCGAUUUUCCUUAUGGAACUAAUGAAAUCGAGUUCUCUGAUUGGCUAAAAUCUGUUUUUUUUUCCAAUUUCAGCACGAAAAUGGUUUUUUAAAGUCCGAAUCCUUUGUAUUUUUCACGACUAUGACGUCAAAUCUAUUGUUUCUACGAAAACCAAGAGAUUUAUAAAUGGUAUCUAAGCCUGUUCUCAGACGUUUUUCUUUAUUUCCGACAAUUUUCGCUGGCGGUCAAUAAAUCCCCCAAGGUUUUCAUUUUCAUACGCGCGCUAGAAGAUCAGAUCUCUUGAGAGAAAAUACUGAGAGCGUCUUUGAACAGGCUAGACUAGGAAUUCUAUUUUAAACUUGUACGUUAUUCUCUGUUACGUGUGGAAAUUUUUAACGCAGGGAAACAGAAAGAAAUUGGUUGAAUGAAUUGUUGAGAGUUCCUUAAACGCUGAAAUCAUUGCGCUUUUCUUUUUGGGGUAACAUUAUUCUACUAAUUCACAUGUCCAGGGAUUGUUCCUAUGUUUUAUAUGUUGAAUGUAAGUAGAUCUGUUGAAGAUCCAAAAGUCUCUAGCCUGUUCACAGACCCUCUAUUUUCUCUUCAAAGUCCGUCGAGCGCGGGUGAUAAAAUAUAGACCGCAGGGGAUUUAUUGACCGCCAGCACAAGGGGGUACGAAAAGAAAAAUAAAACAACGUCUGUGUACAGGCUAGAAAGUCUCCUUGUUUAGCUGUCGAGUAUUUGGUUCAGACUAAACGUCAGAUCUCUAGCCUUAACUUUUUUUACGCUAAUGACUGAUUUUGUAAUUUCCUGCUAUGAACCGUUUGUCAGGUUGCUGAUCCUGAUUCUAGAGGUUAUAGUUUACUGAAGGCGAAAGAAGAUUUAGAGUCUCGUCAACAUUACAUCCGUCCACGCAUUUUACAUUGGUACGUAAAAUAUACCGACAUUACUACACUAGAAAAAUUUUGUUUGGCUAUUCAAAGAAAUUUGUUUGGUUUGCUUGGUCAUGUUGUUUAAGAUACCCGUGUUUUAAAAAGGGGAUCUUUCACAUUUUUUGCCUUUGUUUUUAAAUUUGCAGCGAUAUUUCUCGUGGACAGGAAAAUGUUUCAAUAUCUUGCAUAAAUGAGGUGCGUUAACUGCUUUGUUGAAUCUUUCUUUGUACUCAAGAUGCACAAAAUGAGCUUGGUAAGUGGUCAUAGUUGCGGUCAUUUGAAGGCGCAUCUCCAUACUAAAACGUUCUUCAUUAUCCUCAUUAUGUUUCAUCCCUUUCACGGGUCAAGAUGAACUCAACAUGCUGCCCCCAGUGUUUGGGGACAGGCCAGGUUCAUAGCUCUGUUGCUAGAGCGUCGCAGCGCUAACGCAGAGGCCAUGGGUUCGAAUCCCGUUAUACCCCUAAUUUUUGUUUUCUGGUUUAUUUGCAAUUGCUUACUGCGAUGAUUAUAUCUUCUUGCACUUUCUGCCAAAUCGUGUCUAAAUGUCAUUACCGACCCACCAAGGCUCUGUCCUGACGAGUCCUAUUCUGUUUCUGUAAAGUUUAAAUCUCCUCUUCAGCCAUGACAUCUCUUGAAUAAUAGUUUCAUGGGUUUUGGUUUUCUAGGUCGAUGACGAACCGUUUCCAGAGUUUACCUUUAUCAAGGAAUGCUUCGAGACUAAAAGAGGGAUGAUAGACUGGAGUAUUUCAAGAUAUGAGGUACCAUGAAUUUUACUUAAUAAACAUUUGUAUGAGAAGUCGCCUUAUAACAUUCAUGUUAACAGUUCUCUGACUUAACUGGCGAUGUUUCAACAGGGCGGCUGUAGCUGUGAAAGAGUAUGCCAAAGUGGAAUGCUCUGUCUCUGUUCUAAAAGAAGCGAAAGACAGAGACUUUGGUACGAGGUAUGUCAUCAGCCGCUCACAAAUUCAAAUUCUCUUUUCGGAAGCUACAAUCCUGGACAAAAGUCCUUGGGACAGUACUGCAAUGUUUAUAAUUUUCUGUCAUUUCUCGGUUCCCUCUCAAAACAAUACAUCCUUUUCGAAAUUUUCUUGCGGUUUUGCCUCCCCCCACCCUACAAAAAGCUGAAACUCGGAAAAAAUUCUGGAUACACGCGUCCAACAUUGUUUGUUGGGUGAGGGAAAGGGUUAGACCUGUGUGAAUUGGAAAACGCCCCAGAAACGCAAAAGUGUCCCAAGACUUUGGUCCAUGAUUGUAGGUCCAGAAAGAAUUUUUAAGUCACUGACUGUCGUUUGCAGAAGUGCUAGCCUCCCCUCACCCUCGCCCUCGCUAAGGAAGUUUUUUUCCCGCUUUGUAAAACUUAGUGAAGAUAAGUAUACAGUUUCCAUCCAUCGAAGGGUUCAUGGUUUUUAAACAUGAGAUCUUUUGCUCUCUUUGGUCUGGAACUGUGCUAAGAAUUUCCUGGUCAGUAGGAUUAGCUCAGUUGGUAGAGCGCUUGACUACAAAGCGAGAGGUCGCGGGUUCGAUUCCCGGGACCGGACCAAUACGCAGGGUCUUUAAAAUAACCGAGAAAUGUACUGCCUUUGCCCGCAAAUGGCUAGACCUUCGCGUGGCUCGGAUGACAACGUAAAAUGGCGGUCCCGUCGCCAGUAGGAGACGUAAAAUAGUGUCCCCAAUUAUUAAUACUUUCGUGCUUAAUACAUUGACGCUCUAAUAAAGUGCAUUUUUUUAAGGGCUUGAGCCCUGGAAUCAUUUCAUAAGUAGGUGGAAUAUGGUGGUCCGUGUGAGUGUAGUCCUGAAUAGGACUCAGGCUGUUGUUUUGACAGUGAUAACUUGUGCUGUAUUCAUAUUUAGUGUCUAAGUGAGGUGUAUCUCUUUAGCUGAUGGUAUUAAAUAAACUCUGGUCAUUAAGCGGAUUGGUCAAUUAAUUCGCAAUAUUAUUGGAAUUGGGUCUGCUCAGCCUAUUCUUGCAGUAUAUACAUUUUUUCUUCAAGGCAAUACAGUAGAACCUCAAUAUAACGAAACCCGGUUACAUCUGACAAAUUUUGACAGUCCCUCGGCCUUUCGUUAUAUGGAGGUUCCACUGUAUUACCUUGAAGAAAAAAAAAUACUGCAAGAAUGGGCUUAGUAAGUUUGGGUUCAUUGACUGCACACAGUAUGGACUCAACUAAUCUUUCUUUCUUGUUCAUGCCUUGGAAAAACAUUAAUGGUCUCCCUUUGUUGUUAGGAGGGGCUAGUUAAAACUUCUAUCAAGAACAUUGACCGGCCGCUGGUUUACGAAUGUAACAGAAUGUGCAACUGUUGGACGUACUGUAAGAACAGAGUUGUACAGAAGGGAAUGCAGUACCCACUGCAGUUGUACAGAACCCGGAGAAAAGGUGAGAAAAACAAGUAUAAGCAUAACGUAGCUUACAAAAGGCCAAGUUAGGAAUUACGGGAAGAAAUAAUAGCAGAAAUGAGAUGUUUUUUAUUGGGCUAAAUUUCCUUUUUUCCUGAGUUGGAGGGAAAACACAGUAUAUGGUCCAUGUACUAAUUCAUUGUGCGUCACGUCAGGUAAUAUGACACUUUCCUUGAUGGUUGUUAGUGGGUAUUUUUACAGCUGUUUCGAGAAAGGUCGGAAAAAAUGUGCACGCGACAAUCCUGAAAGGUAAUAUGGGAUAUGAUCAAUACACUGUUCCUGACACUGUAGCUGUCAAACCUACUUUUGUUGCUUUCUUUUUGCACUCGCAAACAUAUGUCCAUGGUCGCUCGUGCCACUGUUUCUCAAAACCUCCCUUGAUGCCUUUCGGGAUUGUCGCGACCGUCUUGUCAGAGUUGAUGAUACACUUGUCUGUACGUAUUAGGUUGGGGAGUGCGCAGUCUUGCUAAAAUUCCAAGAGGUAGUUUUGUCUGUGAGUACACUGGUGAACUGAUAUCGGAUAGUGAAGCUGAUGCGCGCGAUGACGACUCCUACUUAUUUGACUUGGAUUGUAAGGUGAGAAACUAUUGCACCACCACCAAAUGUAUUCACUUCUAUCUGUAUUUUUGAAAACGUUGCUGCGGUUAAGACUUUUUUCCGCUUUCGUCUGUUUCGUUGAAAAUGAAGAGCUCCACCUUUCUAUCUUCUCUUCCGGUUUCUUGUUCUCUUCGAGGCGAUUUUCUUGCUUCUUGGACUGAACAACAUCAUAACUUGUCGUGUUUCGGCAUUUUACUGAUCAAAUCGUUCAUUGUUUCAGGACUUAUCUUUUCUUAUCGUCUCUUGUAUGAUUGCAGGAAAGUUCAAAUGAGAAUGAGUUGUUCUGCAUUGAUGCAAAGUACUUUGGAAAUAUAAGCAGGUUUAUAAAUCACUCGUGUGAACCAAACAUAUUUCCGCUGCGGGUAUUUGUUAAUCACACAGUAAGUUUUUCCUUGUUACCAUACCAUUUUUUUUCAGUUAUUAUUUAUUAUAUUUGUCAUACUGUCUAUUCUUAGCUUUAAGGCGCCUCUUACUAGAUUCAUUGUGAGGUUUAAUGCUUACCUGUCCACUGCAAACUGCGUUUAGCAGAUCAUAGAAUUAAAAGACAGAAAAUAAUAAUACAAGGGUAGCAGCUGUUCCUUUUCAUGAAAUAGGCAGAUGUAGCAAAGGCAACCUGACGAUAGUUAAGACUGCGGGCGCAUAUUUAAACUCCAAAACGCUCUAUAUGACAACGACGUCCCCUCCCUCUGUCUCUUGGCAGUUUAUGUUUCUCACACUGAAAAACCUUUGAAAGUUUGAUCUUUAAGGUGUUAGUCAACAAUUCUGACAAUAACAAGAGCUCUCGUCGUAUGUUAACGAAUCUUUUUUCUUUUCUUUCAGGACAUAAGAUUUCCCAGAAUAGCAUUCUUUGCUAUUGAAGACAUCGAUGUCCAUGAGGAAAUUUGGUAAGAAAAAGAUUCCAGUUAAGAAAUGGUAAACGUGCAGCGUGCAACCAUGGAGUUAUGGAUGCACGCGGGAGGUUGCUAAGCACGAAAGAAGCGUAAGAGUCUAGCCGAGUGCGGCUCUAGCUUCUUGAGUGCUUAGCAAACCUCCUAAGUGCAUCCAUGACUCCAUGGUUGCACAGCUGCAACGUUUACCAUUUCUUUUAUAACAUAAUCAAAAGAGAAAAACAUUAUUUUCCAUUUGCCUUCGGCUGAGUCAUCGGUCCGAGUUCAUGUAUGCUGCCAUCUGCCCGCGCGUAAACAAAUCACGUUCUAUGUUUUUCGAAAACUUGCCUUUGAGUUUUUCGUUCGCCGAAUCAACCGUUCUCCGUCUUCAGGUAAAUUGCAAAACGAUUUUUGUUGUUAUUCUGAAUGGCAUCUGUCUACUUGCUCUUAAUAUUAGGGUAAAAACUUUGAGGGAAAACUAUAGCUGCAACUAUAAACACCAACUAAAAGGACUCUAAAAAAUAAGCUAAAACUAAAUAAAUGAAAUAAUUAUCAAGCUUAUUUAUGAGACAAUUUUUGAAAUAAACGUGAAGUAGAAAUGAGAAAAUUUGACUGUAAUUCCUUUAGAAUAACAAGUAACGCUAAUUUUAAAAGAAAGAAAUUAGCUUUGUAUCGAAAUCUGUCUGGGGAAAUCAAGCUAUGAAAGUCAAAGUUGCAACUGAAAUUCGCCGACACAGAGCCGGCGCUGAAGCUGUUGUUUUUCGACCGUUCUCUUAACGACUGUUAUGAAUGAACACUGAGGAACAAAAUAAUACACACGGAAGUUAUUUUUUGAAAAAUUUAUUUGAAAACCCAAAUGUUUCUGUACUCAAAUGAAAUUCGCUUAUUCCAGCGUAAUGUGCCCGUUUAAACUCAACUAAAAUUUUUAAUCGAUGCGAUGAAAACUUCACAACAAAGCUGUCUCGAAUUUGAGCGUGUUUCCUAAAAUAUUUGCUUGAAUUUAGCAUCAGCUUGACCAAAAAGUCAAUAACACAAUGCUAAUUGAGAAAUUUACAUUUUAAACUGACUUUCUCUUCUAUAAAAAACACUCAAAAUGCGCCUAAAAUCUUCGCUCGCUCGAUUUUCCUUCAGCCGAUUCUAGCCGCGAGGAAAACAGUGAUUAAUUCAUCCAGGGCAAAUUUGUCGCUUGAUCUCUUGUCUUUUUUCCCUUCAAAACGACAGCUUAGUAUUUUCUUCAACUUCCACUUUUCAUCUGUGCAUUUCAUCGGUGUAUUUUACCGUCAGGAGAGGAGAUUUGUUGAAUUUGCCUAAAUUUUACCGCGCUAGCUCAGUUUCUUGGCGUGCGCCCACGGGCAAAUGGUAGUGGCUAACUGACCAAUCAGAGCGCGCGAUUUAUUUGUUAUGUUAUAAAAUACUUUUGUUUCGUCAUAAAGGAGUGUUUUGCAAAUAACGAUUUUAUAAUGUGUUUUUUUAACGUCUAUUUACGAGACGUAGAUCGUAGUUCAUCCAAGUUUAACUAUCGAAAAGGUUUUUAAUUAUUACGGCAAGGUGGAUUCAACACGGGACAAAGCUUUGGGAGUUGUUCCGUCGUUUGAACUAGUAUCAUUAACUGUUUCAGUUCUAAUGACCAAAGUAAAAAAUUUAAAUGGUAACACCAUAGGGUUUUGUUCACCGAUGCAUAAAUGACCAAUAUUGUCAUCUUGACUUAGUGCAGCAGAAAAAGACAUAUAAACAUAGAUGGUGCUUUUAAUUUCGCAUGUUUUCAUUUCUCUACAGUUUCAAUUACGGUGAUAAAUUCUGGUCUGUUAAGAAGAAGGAGUUUUACUGUGAAUGUGGCACCACAAGCUGCAAGUACCCAAAACCCAGCAGUUAGCGGAAGUGUCCAGGUGGCUCAUCCUUCAAGCAGUCAUCUUUUACACAUCCUUUUUAAAUGUAUUCAUUAACUACGCAAACACGACUGUACUCAGUCAAUAUAACAACUUUCAUUCAGAUCCUAUUAUUAAAAUAAUAUAUAGUAUGCUUUAUACAACACGUCUUAGGAGUUUUGAGAACUCUGAGUUACUAAGAAGGUAUUGUCUUCUCCUUAACAGUAAGUAAAAAAUAAACCUAUUGUAAAAAUUACACAGCCACAGCUCUUAUUAUAUUUUUAUCCUUCGGCUUUAACUUUGUCGUUAGGAAGCUUACGAAACUACGACGACCAUGGCAGUAACAACGUCCCUGAUUAAGUGAAUUUACUUUGUUCCAAACUUCAUCGUGAUUAUUCCUACUGAACUCAAUUUUUCAAGCGUUGUCUAAUUAUCCUGAAGUUUAAUUGU